AUCAUGGCAGCCCCCACCCAAGUGAAGACCGUGACCGUCGACGGCGGCGUCGAGGUGUUCUAUCGCGAGGCCGUCCCCGCCUCCGCCUCCGCCUCCGCCUCCGCCGCAGACCCCUCCGCGCUCCCCGUUGUGCUCCUCCUGCACGGUUUCCCCGCGUCCUCGUUCCAGUACCGCAACCUCAUCCCGGUCCUCGCGGCGAGGUACCGCGUGCUCGCGCCCGACUUGCCCGGGUAUGGGUUCACGGCGGUUCCCGCGGCGCGCGCGUACGAGUACACGUUCGCGGCGCUGGCGGACACGGUCGCCGCGUUCCUGGACGCGCUCGCGAUAACGGAGUUCGCAGUGUACGUGUUCGACUACGGGGCGCCGACCGCGUUCAGGCUUGCGCUCCAGCGCCCGAAGGCGAUCAAGGCGAUCGUGUCGCAGAACGGGAACGCGUACGAGGACGGGUUCGGGGAGGACUUCUGGGCCCCUGUGAAGAAGGCGUGGGCGAACCCGUCGGAGGAGAACCUCGCGGCGCUCGAGAAGGUCACCAGCCUCGAGGUCACCAAGUGGCAGUACACUAACGGGGCUCCUGAUCCGUCCGCCGUCCCCCCAGAGACGUACCACUUGGACUACUACCUGAUGACGCGCCCGGGGAACGCGGCGAUCCAGCUCAAGCUCCUCCUGGACUACGGGACGAACGUGCGGCUGUAUCCGAAGUCCCACAAGUACUUCCGGGAGCACCAGCCGCCGGUGCUGGCGGUAUGGGGCAAGAACGACGCGAUUUUCGUGCCGCCGGGGGCGGAGGCGUUCAAGAGGGACAACCCGAACGCGACGGUGAAGUUGGUGGAUGCGGGGCAUUUCGCGUUGGAAAGUGCACUGGAAGAGAUUGGUGAGGAGAUCUUGAAGUUGUUCGAUAAGCAUGGGAUCUAG